AUGGCAGACGGAUUCAAUCAAGCCCGCGCUAUGCGAGUCGCUGAGAUAAUCAAUGACUACCGCACUCUUCUACUCCACAUCUCACAACAACAAGUCGAACCAUCCCAAGAAGAAUACUGGGAAGAUGGUUUCGUAGUACUCCGCGAGUCCCUAGCCUCAGCCCAGACCCUAAUGUCCGCCAACUACCAACCCUGCCCGGUAACAGGGCAAGGGAAUGUCGAGACCGAGAAAGCUGAGCUACAGAGGGUCAUACUAGACGGCAGCGCACGCCGAUUCCAAGCGCACAAGAUCUACCUUCGCGCCGCCGCAGCCAAGCGAUGGGCCAUGACACGUGCCAGCAUCCUCCGCGGCUCCCAGGCAACAGCCCAGCACGCCGCAGCCCUCAAAAGUGCAACAGCCACCCUCCAUCAAGAUCUGGCUCGUUUUACGGACCAGCAUGUCGUGGCCGACUUGCGAGCUGCUGAUCUUCGCGCUGGCCACUGGGUUGACGACGAUCCAUCCUUGGAUGUCAUCCGUCGCUGGGUUGGAGGCCGGUAA